AUGUCAUCCGCAAAGAUUGCCAUCAUCCUUUACUCCACUUAUGGUCAUGUGGCCAAAUUGAGCGAAUCAGUCAUUGCCGGUGUCAAAGCUGCCAAUGUGGAAUACAAGGUUUUCCAAAUCACUGAAACUCUACCUGAUGAAGUUUUACAAAAGAUGUAUGCAAACAAGGAACCUAUCAAAAACUACCCUGAAGUCACUCCAGAUGAUCUCAAACAAUUUGAUGGUUUCAUCUUUGGUUUCCCAACACGUUAUGGCCGUGCUCCAGCUCAAGUUUCCGCCUUCUUUGACCGUACAGGUGGACUUUGGGCUUCAGGCGCUUUGGUAGGCAAAUUCGCAACUAUUUUCACAUCUACUGCUUCUCAACACGGUGGUUUGGAAACGACUGCUUUAACAACACUCCCAUUCUUUGUUCAUCAUGGUAUCAUCUUUGUACCUUAUGGAUACCAGCACAGCGAAGCACAACAAAACGUUGACAAAAUCGUUGGCUCCUCCGCUUACGGUGCAGGAACCGUUGCUGGUGGUCAAGGUCAACUUCAACCCGAUCCACUCGAUCUUUCCGUUGCUGAGAAGCAAGGUGAAUAUUUUGCCAAGGUUGUUUCAACUUAUGUCAAAGGAUCUUCCGCUUAG